CUGCCGAGCCCGAGACCACUAUAUGUCAGACAGAGUGACCAGUCAAAGCCUCCUCUUCCUCUCAUCAAAUCCAAUUAGUGGAUACUGCCCUGCUUCUGUUACUAUCACACAAUCAUGCAUUGCAGUGCCGUGCAUUGCAUUUGGAAUUCUAGUUAAUGCAACAGCCUUGUCAGAGGGCCUUCAUCUCACUUGUACAGUAGCUAUAGGUGCUUUCUUUGCAUGCAUUUAUAUGCAGCAGAUAUCACCCUCUUCCUCCACCCAACUCCCAACUCCAACUCUUUCAACACACACACACUGACACACUCUCUCCCCCGUGUGAACCAUGAAGCAACAUCUUUCCCACACUGUUCUUCUCCUCGUCCUUCUUUUCCUUUUUUAUUCUUCAAAAUUGUCAGCACAUCCCAUGAUAAGUAAACAAGAGCAAGAGCAGGUAAACUUCAAUGCAAUGACCAGCCAGGACUCUAUUGUGGAAGUGGACAGCAGUAGUGAAUUGCUAAUGGGUUCUGAGGUCUGUGAAACUGGUGAUGAAGAAUGUUUCAAGAGAAGAUUAGUCUCAGAGGCUCAUUUGGACUACAUCUACACCCAGCACCACAAGCCUUGACGACUUACAAAUUCAGAGAGAUUUGAAGUUUCAUGUUUUCUAUUUAAUUUCCAGCUCAGGCCUAGAUUCUAUAGAAUCCAGGUUAAAUUUAUCAGCUUCUUCUCUAAAUGACAGCAUCAUGUUUGAAAGCCACUAGAUUUGGUUUUCAAGGUUCCUUAUUUUCUCUUCAUAAUGUAAUUAUUUUUCUUUUUGUUU